CGGGCACGCGCCUUCCUGAACCGCUCGAGCCCCAGCUUAGGCGAAGAGGCGAGAAUUGGGGAAGGUUUUUGACUUCUCCGCGUUGUUUCCACAGCGAAAAGAGGCAAAGAGAGAAGGCUGCAGUGAUAUUCUGGGGAAACAUUUACAUGACCAUGGUUUCCAGCUAACCCAGGCAUGAAAAGAAAAACAGUCCAGUAUUCAUGGCAGCCAGUACUGCAGAACGACAUUACUCCAUGUGAUCGAUUUAAGCAUGCCACCUGUAUCUGCAGGGGUUUUCUUUAUAUUUAUGGUGGCCGGCAAAACACAACCUUAAAUGACUUCUGGAGAUACAAAAUAGAGAGCAAUGAAUGGGAGAGACUGGACAUUUCAGAAGAUGGCCCAGAAGAACUGGAAGAGCAUUCAAUGGUGGAAUAUCAGGAAAUUCUCUAUAUUUUUGGUGGAAUGGUAGACUCUGCGUUCACACAGAAGAAGAAUCCUCUCUGGAUGUAUGACACUGAUAGAACCAAGUGGAUGGAGCGCCAACUCACAGCAGUGGAGGGUGAGGGAACAACACCUGUUAAUCGGAAGGGUCAUAGUGCAGUUGUCUACAGAAGCAGCAUGUACAUGUAUGGUGGAUAUGUUGACCUUAAGGGUACUUCCCAAGAAUUCUGGACUUUAUGCUUUGAUACAAAGCAGUGGGCCCCUCUCCCUGCAGCAUCUUAUGGCAACAAUCCAGGCCCCCGGCAUGGUCACUCAGCUGUGGUGUAUGGCAAUGGCAUGUACUUGUUUGGAGGGUUGAUGGGGCUGAGUGAACAAAAGGACUUCUGGAAGUGGGAUUUCGUGGCUGCCAACUGGUCUAAUAUCAAAUUGAGCCAGGGACCUCCCAAAAUGGUGGGACACUCUGCUUUAAUCUUCAAAGAUGCGAUGCUGGUCUUUGGUGGAGGAGUAUUUAAUACCACGCCAAGCAGUACUUUGUGGAAAUAUCAUUUUCCUUCUCAAAUGUGGAAAAAAACGGCUAGCCUGACAGAUCCUUCUUGCAAAUCGUAUCACUGCACUUUGGGCAUUGGAUUGGGUUUCCCAGGAACCGAUGAUUCUUCAAGGAUAUCAACCAGCUAUUUGCACCCAAAGGAGAAGGGCUGUUCAAAACUUCUAGCUAUCUCUAAGCGUCACGCCUGUUUCUGUGAGAACCACCAAGAGCCUAGCUACCAGACAUUCAGCAAUGAGGACGGCAAUCAAAUAGAAAUGAAAACUUUUCGCCAUUCUCAGGAACAGCCGAGAUUCUGCUUAUUCCAUACCACUUCCAGUGAAGAGCUGAGUGCCAAGCAGGCAGUAGACAUCUGGUGCAGGAAAGAGAGAAUGACAUACCUCAACCUUGCAAUGGAACAAGAAUUUUCCACCACUGAUCUGACAGAAAAAGAUGACAGUUUCAGCUCUUCACAGCCUGGCAGUGUGGAUCCCGGGGAACCCUCUGCUGUACUGCUUCUGGGAGGUAAACCUUUAUCUGGUUCCUCAGCAAUUUCAUUCUGGCAAAUGGAGCUGUAAAGCACUUCAAAUGUCUUGUGCAGAGGCACCAGGAAGAGAAAACAGGAGCAUGCCAGGCCUCGGUGAAGUCAGCUACCAGGAAAUAUGGUCUGCACUUUAGCUGUUUACACGUCUUGUCAAGAAAUCCUGGUAUCGCUUUCUUCAUCAAUGGAAUGUAUCUGUGAGCUACAUAUCUGUUCUUCCUGGAGUCCUUCACUUUGGAAGGACACCGUUUAGCUAGUCUCAGUGGAUCUUGGUACUGAGUUUGUCCUGCAAUUCAGUGCUGCAGAAUUUUCCACUGAACAUGCUGAAUGGUAUUGUAUUUAAUUUUUAUAUUUGACAUAUAUAUAUAAUGUAUUGUUGAAGGCUUUCAUGGCCGGAAUCACUGGGUUGUUGUAGGUUUUUCAGGCUGUAUGGCCAUGUGCUAGAAGCAUUCUCUCCUGACGUUUCAUCUGCAUCUGUGGCAAGCAUCCUCAGAGGUGCUUGCUACAGAUGCAGGCGAAACGUCAGGAGAGAAUGCUUCUAGAACAUGGCCAUACAGUCCGAAAAACCUACAACAACCCACAUAUAUAAUGCUUUUAAACCAGUGGUUCUCAACCUGUGGGUCCCCAGGUGUUUUGGCCUACAACCCCCAGAAAUCCCAGACAGUUUACCAGCUGUUAGGAUGUUUGGGAGUUGAAGGCCAAAACAUCUGGGGACCCACAGGUUGAGAAUGUCCAAACCCCUUUGCAAGUUGUCCUUGCAAGGCAACCUUACAAUAACUUAUUAAGAUCAGUCAGUAUUAUCCCUAUGUUUUAAAGAUUUAGUGAUAAUAAAGGGUAGCAAGCUUGCCCACAGA